AGUGAGGACCUCUGCAUGCAUGCCCUUACAGUAAAUUCAGAGGCAUAGGAUGUGGACACACUGUCCUCUCAUUUAACCUAUACCCCGAGUGUGUUCUGGAUACCUGCUCCAGGCAAUGAAGGCUUUCACACUAAUGAGGGAAAUAUGAACCAGGAUCCAGUAAAAAUAAUGGUGAUGGUCUUCUCCAUCGUGGUCUUCGGCUCUAUCGUGAACGAGGGCUACCUCAACAACCCAGAGGAGGAGGAGGAGUUCUGCAUCUACAACCGCAACCCCAAUGCCUGCAGCUACGGUGUGACUGUGGGUGUGUUGGCCUUCCUCACCUGCCUGCUCUACCUGGCGCUCGAUGUGUACUUCCCGCAGAUCAGCAGUGUCAAGGACCGCAAGAAGGCCGUGCUCUCUGACAUCGGUGUCUCGGCCUUCUGGGCCUUCUUCUGGUUCGUGGGUUUCUGCUUCCUGGCCAACCAGUGGCAAGUCUCCAAGCCCAAGGACAACCCUCUGAACGAAGGGACGGACGCAGCCCGGGCUGCCAUCGCCUUCUCCUUCUUCUCCAUUUUCACGUGGGCGGGCCAGGCUGUGCUAGCCUUCCAGAGGUACCAGAUUGGCGCCGACUCGGCCCUCUUCUCCCAGGACUACAUGGACCCCAGCCAGGACUCCAGCAUGCCUUAUGCACCCUACGUGGAGCCCAGCGCUGGGUCGGACCCUGCUGGCAUGGGUGGCACCUACCAGCAUCCAGCCAACGCCUUUGAUGCUGAGCCUCAGGGCUACCAGUCGCAGGGCUACUGAGCCCCCCUCCCCCACAUGGCGGCGACGGUGACCGCCUACCCUGCCCCUGCCCUUCCAUCCUAGCUCCCCUCCCAAGCACCCUGCUCCCUCCCAGGUGACUCUGCCUAGCACAUGCUCAGCCUCCAAGUGACUCCACUGAAGCCCAGUGCAGCUGGGGUGGGGAGUGUCAAUAAAUGUGAGCAAGUGUGUGUCCAGCAGGGGUGGGGAGUGGUGGGGUGUGUCCACAUGUGUGUGUCCAGCUGGGGUGGGGAGUGGUGGGGUGUGUCCACAUAUGUGUGCAAGUGUGUGUCCAGCAGGGGUCUACAGGUGGGGCCCAGGGGUUACAGUCAUUCAUUGUGUCCUUGACACUGAGUACCUACUGAAUGCCAGGCUUUGUUUAGCUGGAGAGUAAGAGAGAGAGGGAAAGGGGAAGGGGGGCUGAGGAGGCCCUGUUCCAAAUACAGGAAAGGUGGGACAGAUAGAUACUGGGAAGUUUGCCUGCAAGGGGCUCAGCCACAUGGUGAGUGUGGUCAGUCACAGGAUGUGGGCUGUCAUUCCCAGAAUCCUUGAUAGACAUCAGUCCUCCUGGGAUGGCCAGGGUUAUCUCCAUUUUAUGGUUGAGGAAACCGAGGUCUGAAGGGUCAAGACACUUUGUUCAAGGUCAUUGAAUCAGGCUGUUGAUGAGGCCACAUUAAGAUGGGCCAGAUAGAGCUCCUGCCAGCCUUCUUUACUUCCUCUGCUGCUCUGCCACUCAGCGUUACUCGUUACUCGAGUUUGAUGAAGGGGUUGGGGGUGGGGGCAGGGCAGCGCUUCAAGACGUGAGUCCAGUGAGACCCCCGUGAUCAGCCUCAAAGCGAGGGCCUUCCCUGCCUCAGCUGCUUUCUUUCCUCAUGCAAGUCCCUUCCUCCGUCUUGGUCUUCUCCUAGUGGGCUCCCUCAACCUACUCUUGUCCCUUUGUGUUGCUCCGUGCUCUACAUGGCCUGCAGGGAACUCCUUUGGGGUAUGCCAGCCACCCUUUGCAGUUUCCCAAAGGAGUGGUGGCCAUCCCUGGCUCUUGGAGGGCUCACUGAGCCCUUUGCUCAUGGCUGAGUAGACAGGAGGCCAGGAGGUAGUGGACACUGACCCAAGGUCCCAGUGAGUAAAUGGUAGAGAUGACCUUGCUUCCUAAAUGUAUUGGCUCCACCCACCCAGCAAGUGGUCCCGCCCCCUGUGUCACCUAGGACACUGUCCUCUCUCUGCUUGUUUGGGUCAGCAAAGGUUCCAGGCUGGAGCAGUGGGGAGAGCUUUCAACUACAGGGUCAAGAUGAGUGCCACAGCCACAGGUCACAUGACCCCAAAUGACGCAGGCGUGAGAUGUUGAGAAACUUCCAGCCACGGGAAAGUGAAUAGCGGCUUGCCGGUUGCCACAAAGACAGAAGGGAAAGUGGGCGGGGCCUAAGAGGACAACAAGGAGGCAUUUUCAUACCUGGUGCUUCCCUCCCUGUGACAGAGGGGACGCAGAGGGAGGUUGUCUGUGCUGUCCUCCUGUGUGUGCCCAGUACACAGUAGCUGGUUACUGGGAAGCGGGUCCGUGCCCUUUAACAAUUGAGUGUCCCCACCACCUCACCCCAUGCCCUACUGGGCUCUGCCGGGCAGACUUGCUCUUCUGGUACCCGUGUUAGUGUGAUGUCACCAAGGGUGACUGUGGUCCCUGUCCUGUAGGAGCCUCUGAAGAACAUACAGGCACAGGGUCCAUUACGGUGGGAAACGUUGCGUGAGCACGGGCCUGAGGAAGAGUCAGGGAGGGGACAAGGGUGUCAGAGGCCUAGAAGCAGCCCCGCAGCUCCUCUUGAGCAGAAGGGGAAACCAGGAAGGGAAACAAACCCUUCCGAGUCCUCGGGAAGUUUCCAGAACCAGGAGCACAGAGAGUUACAGUUGGAUCCAGACUGGGGGGGUCUCCAAGUUUGCUAGGAGGUCACAGUGUUGGGAGAGAGCCCCAGGCGGCUGAGUGACAGCUGGCUGUUGCUGACUUCCAUUUUUCACACCUGGGAAAGGGCUCUGUGUACAGCCCUAUGCCCCCGACCAGGUGGCUCAAGUAGGGACGGCUUGGGGAUGGUGGACAGUGACCAGAGGAGAGACUGGCUAUGGGAAUGUUGCAGUGCCACCCUAAGUCACAAAAAGUCUUUGCUACUCACAGCCCCAAGCCUUCCCUGCCUGUGGGUACUAAACACCCAAGGACUGCCCAUCUGUUUCUCCCUGGACAGCAACGGACGGCAGGGGAUGUCAGGCAGAGGGCAGGGUGCUGGUUAAACUCUGCCCAGCUUUGGGCAUCUCUCAUAGACUCUUCCUAGUGCUCAAGCUGGAGACAUUUAUGGGACCAGGAGGCGGGUCUUGAGCAUCUCCCCUUGUCCCAUGCAUGCCACCAUCAUGGUAGUGAUAUCAGAUGGUGGGUGAGUGGUCCGAGCAGGAUUUGAGUAAGAUCCAGGCUUCUGACUCAGUAGUUUAGGAGGGAUCACACCCCCACAGACAUAACAUAGCCCGUGGAGGACCCAAGGCCAGCAGCACCCUGGAUUUCCUUUCCCUCUCCACGGACCCUGCUUUCCUCCCACAUUCUCUUUGGAGAGGGUCCCCCACAGCCAUGCCCUAUGGAACUGGGGUUCCCUUUUCCCUGUCAAGCACAAAAGAAGGUCUGGGGGAACAUGGGUUCCAUGCGAGUUUAGAGCUGCAGAGAUCCUUUGAGAGAAUCCUAUUUCAUCCACGGUCAUGCACAGAGUGAGAGAUUGGGAGCCCCAUCUUCUGCCUUCUGAGAUGACAUGUCCUGCGCAGUCCACAGGCCAUCUUGUCUGGGCGGCACCCCGUCCACCUGGGAUGUAGCAAUCAAGGGGCUUAUUUCCAGGGGACUGACACCAGUCUCUACUCCAUCUGUCCGUAAUGAUUCUUGAUUUUCAAAGACUUGGGGUCCCAGGCUUUUCCCAUGUAAGCAAGAGCUCCCACUUGUCACCCCGGGACACCUCUAACCUUUGACCCAUAAGUCCUUUGAUCCCUGAAGGUUAUGAGCAGGAGUCCCCAGAGUUUAUGGAGGAUGAACUGGGCUAGCUGUCUCCCAGUGCUACCCCUGACCUGAUAACUUCUGCCCCCUGGUGCCCACAGCUCUUGUCUGGGUGCCCUGGUCCCUCCCGCAGCGUUACUGCCUGUGUAUAGUAUAAAUAUAUAUAUUUUCUAUAUAUAAGAUGUAUAAUAUAAGGCUCCACAAUAUAUCUGUGAGUGUGUGUGCGUGUGCGUGUGUGCGGUGAAGGGCGGCCCCCAACUUGGGCCCUGCUCUAGCCCCUCCCCCACCUGGUUAAGCCUCUCCAGUGGACCCAGUGGCUCUGAGGCAACCUCCUCUGUGACAUCCAUCCAUCUGUGGUGACCAAGUGAAGGUGGUGACUUCUGGUGACAUAGUAAUAAAGUGAAGAGUCAACUCACCA